GCACCGGAAAAUCUGUGCAUCAUGGCAAAGAAACGAAAAUUGCAAGAAUCGACGCCCGAGCCAGAGGAGCCUGAGGAACAAUACCAAGUCGAGGUCAUCACGCGCGCGCGAGUGAACAAGGGCAAGGGUUGGGAAUACUUCGUCAAGUGGGCAAAUUAUGAUUCAGACAGCAACACGUGGGAACCUCAAAAAAAUCUGCUCGGAUGUGAACGUCUCUUGGACAGCUUCUGGGAAAACGUGGGCCGCGACAACGGAGACUAUCCUAUAGGCCAUACUGUUCGUGCCACUCCCUCCUGGAUCAAGAUAGAAAAGCAAUACUUUGCUAAACGUUUGGGCUCAGAGGCCCUGCGAAGUGAGUCAAAGAGCAGUGACGAGACUCGACAGCCUGAAAGUAACGAUGUGCAAAAAUCAUCAACGAAGAGACAAGGUCAAAGCAAACGAGCCUCCAAUGCUGAAUCCUCCACGUCUCAUACGCCGAAAACUUCUAAGAAGAAAAAGUCGGUGAAACUGGGCAAACGUCGUGCGAUACAAGAAGAUGAAUCUGACAACUCUGACACUGUGACGCCUUUGAAAAUUCGAAGACACAGGAAGAAGCGUGCUGUAUCUGUAAAUGGAGAGGAGUCUGAGAGCUCAACCGGGAUGCCUCUACGUAAAAUGCGCAAGGUAGCCCUUACAUCUGGAAAGGGAUCGUCCGAUAAGCUGGAUACUGGCCAGAACAAGGGAAAAGGAAAGGCUAUCGCGGUUCCGGAUUCCUCAUCAAGCGAUGAAGGAGAGAAGAGUUCCGGGUGCCAUUCAUUGUUCUCGGCACCAUCCUCUCCAGAUGUACUGUUGAAAGAUUUGGCUCCUGCCAUUCCGGCGCAUCAGCCCCCGAAUCCAGAGGCUGCGCCUCAGAAACAGCCGUCGGCUUCGAGCAGCACCCUGUCGAAGCCUCCGGAACGAUCGAACGUCCAAGAACCGUCCAUCAAGACCAAAGAAAGCGGCGCUGUCAUGGGCAUGCCGACCAAACAACGUGUCGCACAGGCAGCCACAGUCUUUGUGGCAGUAUCGGAGCCAUCGACUUCUUCACCCUUUAAAAGCAAAUUCCCCAGUUUUUCUAAGAAGACUACCGAUACAAACAACAUUGUGACUGCUUCUGCUCAAGAGAAGCAGUCGCCAACCAGGCCUGCUGCUGCUCGACAGUCCUCGAACAGGACGUCGACUGAGUCACCAAUGGAAAUCACAACUGAUUCUGCCAAUUUCGUUCAAUCUCCGGUCUCCAUUUCGGACCGCUUGCCUUCAGUGGAACCUCCACCUGCAGAGUCAACUCGUGUGAAAGAGACUCAGUCAAGGCCCGAGCCUCUACCACUACCACGUCGCCACAAUAUGCCCGAACAGCCAUCUGCAGGGCCAUCGAAUGAGGUUGAUCGGUUCUUAUCAAAUAUCAUGCCCGAUGUUCUUGCGGCGCCUAUGGUGGAAUCUGACAGAGAAGGUGCAUUAGGAAGACCUUCCCAAAAGGCUUCGUUGUUCAAGAAGCUGCCGUCUCUCCCAAAGAUUCCCAAGAAGUGGAGAUGGUCAGGCGAACUGCACGUCAAUCUGGACUCAAGUAGAACGAAACGUCUAUGCAACGUCGAAUUAUCGGAUGCUAGCGAGCCUCAGCCCAGCGGGCUACGCUUCAGUCUUUGCCUCAAUGACGUCGAUUCUCUGACGAUGAAAAAACUUCAUGCCAUCUCGGAUCUUUCUAUGAUUCUGCGGGCUUGCGGCAUGAUCCAGCAAUAUGCGAAACUAGGGCCUCAAACCCCGGAGGAUGUGGGUUCGAUCACGAUACUCGCCACGCACAUGAGGCGAAAGCGGAUAUUCACGUACGCUCAUCUCGACUUGGAUGGACAGAAAGCAGCGUUGUUGUUGAUGUUUCCGCCUUCAAACAAAGCGCUGUCUAUGCUCUUCAAAGUUCCAAAUGAUUAUGUAGACAACACCCAGCUCAUGGUAGUUCUAGUUCCUUGGGAACUGCCGCGUCACCAAUACGAGAAGGCUUCUUGGUUCAAACCGCGGGUCGCUCCCUCAAACGAAGGGUCAUCGCAGGCAAAGCUGAUCAAACAGCUACGUGGGGCCGGUCGCAGGUUCGGCGGCAAUCGUCAACUUUACCGAGCGCUCUAUGUCCUCAAGUUUCCUCGGAGUGUUAUUGAUUACAUGUCUUGGCCAAAACGUCCUUACUGCGUCUGGCAUACUCCAGGAGAUGGUACUAUGGCUGAGCCUGGCGCGCAAACAGCAAUGCUGCGUGCUGUUCUGGAGGCUUACACAGCUGAAGAUGUCGGAUACAAGAAGGAUGUCCGAGCGAUCUUCAUCCAUGUCGGAGCCCUUGCGUCAUUUAACGCGUUCCCCGCGCUGGCUGAACGACGGUCCAAGCGGCCGGACAUUCAAUUCUACACGUAUGGGACGCACGAGAGUAUAUCACCAGAACGGUGGGGCAUCCGUGAGAUUUACCUAUUCGGAGGUGUCGUAACGUUCACUCCAUCUGCCGUCCUGGAAGACAUAUUCGGAUGUUACGAUUUGAUGAGAAAGAUCAAUGAGCAUCCUUUGUGGCACUGUUACAUUCUACCCUCCGUUGUUACAAUGCUCGCGAAGUUCACCUGUCAAGGGCAAAAUCCUGUAACCUUGCUUGAUAAAGGGGAGUUCCUGCUGGAUGGUCUUCUGAAACUCAUCGAGAAUGGGACGAUCUCGCUUCUUCAGGCGCCUGCAACAGGGUUGGACUUUUCUCAUGGUCAAAUUCCAACGGAGGAGUGGCUUUCGUGGCAGAUGAGCUUGCUGAGCAUGAAAGCUCGCGAUCUGCUCGAGGAAUGCAUCAGAGUUGCUUCCACGCAAUACACCAAUGUCCGAGAGCACGAACUCCAGGAGGCUAUCCAGAAAGAGAUUGCUCGGGACAUGUGGUCAAUGCAAUUGCAGCCGAUCAUCAUGGACAAAUACAGGCGUCUGGUUGUGGUGAAAAGCAGAACCGAUCGGUAUUUCCACGAGGACAGGGAGGGUAUCGAAUGUGUCUUGCUCAAAGGUUUCGACUUCAAGGAUGAUUACUACCCGAAGCAGACGGAUGCUGCAGCAUGAGCCCUCCAGCGAUAGCUCGGCACCGUUUGGCCAAGUCGUUUUUCGAGUUGGAUUUAUCGAUUGGCAUGGCAACCUACUAACCUUUGUCUGUUCUGUACCGCUAGUGUCACGAUGUGUUCGUAGCAGCUUAUGAGAAUGUAGUGGAUGUGAUUUCAAUCGCUGGC